AAUUUCGAAGGGAUGAACGUGUUUCGGUUUCUCUGUGUUCUUAUCUUUGGAUUAGUUCACUCUUACGGAGCGGUUAUUCAGAAUUAUGAUGUUGAAGAAAUCAAAGAACGACACAGACGUUCCGUGUCGACUGAUAGACGGUCAGUAAUUAGGAACAUAUCCCCCGAGGACCGACCAUCGUGUCCCCCGGGACAGAGCUCUCCUCCGAACAGAAUAAAUUCUACCGAAAGACUGAGAAAUUUGAGGAACGAAAUGAGAAUUAUAGGAAUCGAUGCUUAUAUUAUUCCGUCAGAAGAUGCUCAUCAGAGUGAGUAUACAUCUCCAUACGACCAGAGAAGGAAAUUCAUUUGUGGAUUAUCAGGAUCUGCGGGUUACGCAAUUGUUACAAUGACUAAGGCCGCUCUGUGGACUGACGGUCGUUACUUCCUGCAAGCGGAAGCGGAAAUGGACUGUAACUGGAUUUUAAUGAGAAAAGGUGAAAAAGAUGUGCCGUCGUCCACAGAGUGGUUGACAUCCGUUCUUGAGGUAAAAGAAAACGCCACGGUUGGAUCUUACCCCUUUUUCCUGGGCAGUAACAGUUGGACAUUGUACGAAGAGGAACUCUCUAAAAACAACAUUAAAAUGAUCAAGACCAAUGAGGACCUGGUAGGGAAAAUCUGGACAACUGGGCGUCCACCUUUUCCAAAUUCUCCAAUCAACGCAUUACCUUACAAAUUUUCAGGAAGACACUGGCAUGAGAAAAUUGCCGAUAUGCACGUUGCGAUGAAAGAAAGAAACGCUGACGCAAUGGUUGUCAAUGGGCUGGACGAAACUGCUUGGUUACUUAACCUUCGAGCAUCAGAUAUUCCAUUCACUCCUGUUUUCUUUUCCUAUGUUAUUGUCGAUCGUAGGAAGAACCAGACAAUAUUGUACAUAAAAAAUCACAACAUCAAGCUAACUUCUAAUCCCACUGACGAGGCAACGACUCAGAAACUGUACGAGUACCUAAAUACCGGAACAGAUGGUUCUUGUUCCGGUAAACCCGGAUAUUGUGUUGAGGUUAGAGAAUAUGACCCUCUACCAGUGACAAGCAAAGUGAGCUCCGUUGUCGAGUACAGUGAGAGAGUGUGGAUCUCGCCGAUUUGUAGUUAUGCGUUCUACUCUCUUAUCCCAAAAGAGAAGUUACUUCAGGAAAACACACCAAUAAGUAUACAAAAGGCACGAAAAAAUCCCAUCGAGAGACAAGGAAUGAUUCAAUCGCACGUGCGAGAUGCUGUUGCCUUGAUAUCAUUCAUCUCAAGAUUGGAGAAAGAGGUUAAAGCAGGUAUACGUUGGACAGAACUUUCAGCAGCGGACGAAUUAAGUAAAUACAGAGGAAAACAGAAGUACAAUCGCGGACUGAGUUUUGAAUCAAUAUCAUCAAGUGGUCCCCACGGGGCGGUUAUACAUUACUCACCGUCAAACGUGACAGACAAGGAAAUAACAACGGACGAGGUGUAUCUACUGGACUCCGGGGGACAGUAUUUAGAUGGAACAACAGAUACGACAAGGACAUUUCAUUUUGGAACUCCCACAGAUUUCCAGAAAGAAUGCUACACUCGCAUGUUGAUGGGAAAUAUUGAUCUUGCAAAUGUGAAAUUUAUGAAGACAAGUUUUGGUCCCUAUGGUCGUGAACUCGAUAUCUUGGCCCGUCGACAUCUGUGGAACUCUGGACUAGAUUACAGACACGGUACCGGACAUGGAGUAGGGAUGUACCUUGGUGUCCAUGAAGGUCCAGCUGGAAUUGGAAUGAAUAGGAAACAACCAUUCAAUGAUUAUCCAAUAGAGGAAGGGCAGUUCUUUUCCGAUGAACCUGGAUACUAUGAAGAUGGAUCAUUUGGAGUAAGAGUGGAAAACGUUAUGGAAGUUAAAAAAGUCAAUCUUAAGUAUAAGUUCCGAGACUCAGUAUUUCUUGGAUUUGAAACAAUUACAUUGGUGCCAGUUGAACCAAAUCUCAUCAAAUACGAAAUGCUUUCUGGAGACCAGAUUGAUUGGCUAAACACAUACCACAAAAAGGUACAGGAUACAAUCGGUCCAUUGCUUAUCAACACGAACAGAGAGGCCUAUGAUUGGAUGGAGCUACGGACAAGAACGAUAACUCGUGCUGUUAGUUCAGGACCCAGAACAUUUGUUUCUCUGUUGAUAACAUUUUUUAGUUUUACCCUUUAUUUUGUGCUUUAAUUGUAGUUUGUGUUUAUUUAAAGCUUUUUAUAAAAAGACCCAUGUCUAUGAAUAUAAUUUAAUUCUUUUGCAUGCGACUCACACAUGUAUUAUAUCAGUGUAUUUAUUUUAUAGCUUCUUAAACGAUUUCUGUUUUUCUAAAAUAGCAAACUGUGACAUUGUGUUUUUAAUACUUUAUCAUAUAUUGUGAAAUUCUUUUUGAAAUGAUAAAAUCUUGAAGCAUUACGGUUUUGCUAUCUCUAAGAAGGAUGCCUCUACGUUGAUAAACUAUGUUCAUGUUUAAAAGUAUUCAUUUUUGUCUCUACUCAUGCAACACAAGAGAAUGCCAAUUUUGUCCAUUUUUUCUAAUAAAAUUGGAAUUGCCAUAA